GUACUUCUGGCCUUUCCAUUUUAGUACUGGUGUUUUAAGGUGAGUUCUGUUGUCUGGGCUAUCUCUAAUGGCCACUGGCAUCUGCUUAUUGGUGUAUAUUAAUGACUGUCUCGUGUGUGCCCUCACAAAAUAUACUGAACCGCACUGAACCACAUCCUCUCUCACAUUGUGUCAAUUGGGCUCAUGUUGAAAAGCUUAACACCAAAGAAUGGCAUACAGUUCAUUGAAAUGAAGCAAAUUAAGCUCGAUCUGUUGAACAUGUUAACCACACUCUCACCCAGUGAGUGAUAGAUAUUUUUAACACUUGCAUAUCACCAUGUGUAAUCUGAGGUCUACAGCAACAUGUGUAAUCUUCCUUGGCUUGCUAGAACUGUGGGCAUUCCAAAAAUAGUCCACCAGCCUGCAACUACAACCAAAUGCCAAGGACUGAAACAUGUCCAUCGAUCAUUAAAAGAACUGAAGGGUAGAAGGAGAAAAGAAGGAGUCUGUUUAGGAGCAGUUCCUCAUCAGAGAGAGAGAGAGAAUAAUCAAAGAUGCUUCCCUCACAGACUGUAUGUGGCCAUACUGGUACUGGAAUGUAUGGCAGAACACUUCAGACAGAUGGAACUGAGGGCAGUCUAUGUGGCACUGAAGUUAUUCUUGCUGAUUCUUAGACAUCACCACUUGCUGGUCCACUCAGGCAACACUGUGAUGGUCAGCAAUAUCAAACACCAGGGCAACAUUAGGUUAAGUGUCUCUCUCUCAACCUUGUACAGGUCUGACAAGGCAUAGGCAGACCUCUUUGCCAGAGCCAAGUCUCUUUGCCAUGGAUGAAUAGCCUUCUGGGAAAAGAUGCUCUGGCUCACAAGUACCACUUCAUAGUUAAAAAUACUUCCUCUGUUGCUGACACUUUUCACUCUGUGCAAGUUUCAGCAACUAGACCACAGAGUCCUAAUUGUGACCCAACAAGACCUUGGUGGCAUGGUGGUGUAGUGGUUAGUAUGGUCGCCUCAUAGCAAGAAGGUUCUGGGUUCGAACCCAGCAGCCGGCAAGGGCCUUUCUGUGUGGAGUUUGCAUGUUCUGUCUGUGUGGGUUUGCUCCGGUUUCCCCCACAAUCCAAAGACAUGCAGUUAGGUUGAUGCGGCGCGGCAUUGGGCUGAGGUGCCCUUGAGCAAGGUACCUGACCCCUGACUGCUCCCCAGGCGCUCUGGUGUGGCUGCCCACUGCUCUGAGUGUGUGUGCGUGUGUUCACUGCUUCAGAUGGGUUAAAUGCAGAGGAUGAAUUUCACUGUGCUUGAAGUGUGCAUGUCACAAAUAAAGGUUUCUUCUUUCUUCUUGGUUCCCAUUGUUGUUUUUAAUGCAUGUUGGGAGCACCUUGUCAGCCCUGUCCCUGAUCAAAUCUGCUGAACUGAUCACUCAAAGACCCUCAUAGAACUGUGUCUUUGUUACUCGCAGCUAUCACAGCACUAACUGACAGUGACCAUUCCCUGGUCGGCAGCAAGGCGUGUGUCUUCAGCCCAAACGAAUCCACCGCUCCAAGCAGAAAGGAUGCCCACGUAUCAACACAGCCAGGACAACAAUCCCAGACCUGUAUGAAUGCUUCACCAACUCCACUAAAGAAGCCCUGAAGGAUUGCCCCAUUAGCAACACCAAAGAGAGAUGGAACCAUGUCUGUGAUGCCAUUUCCAACUCCACCUUGGAUACCUUUGGCAAGAAAGAGAGGUAGAACCCAGACUGGUUUGAAGCCGGAAUUGCUGAACUUGAGCCAGUAAUUGCAGCCAAGGGUGCAGCACUGCUCAACUACAAGAGACAGCCCUCAGAGAAGACACUCGCUGCACUCAGGAAGGCCAAGAACAAUGUUCAAUGGAUCACUUGACAGUGUUCCAAUGAGUCCUGGCUGAACCUCUCCCAGAGCAUCCAGCUCUCUGCUGACUGCAGCACCAUCCAUGCCAUGUACGAUGGAAUGAAGAAAGCCUUUGGUCCAAGUGCUACCAAGAACACACCCCUGAAGUUCACUUCUGGCAAUGCCAUAACCAACCAAAGUAAGCAGAUGGAGAGAUGGGCCGAGCAGUACCAGGAGCUGUACUCCAGGGAGAAUGUUGUCACUGACACAACAGUUGAGCAUACCGAUCCCCUGCCUGUCAUGGAGGAGCUCAAUGUUCCACCCUCUGUAAAGAAACUCAGCAAGGCUGACAAAAAGUCCAUUCUUCUGCACUAUUUGCAUGAGCUCCUGCUACAGUGCUGGGAGGAAGGUACAGUGCUCCAGGAUGUGUGUGACGCCAACAUCACUACACUAUAUAAGAACAAAGGUGACCGCAGUCACUGCAACAACUACUGUGGAAUAUCCCUUCUCAGCAUUGUUGGGAAGGCCUUCCCCCAUGUAGUACUGAACAGGUUGCAGGCACUUGCAGAGCAUGUAUACCCUGAGGCACAAUGUGGAUUUAGAGCAGGAAGAUCAACAGUUGACAUGAACUUUUCACUGAGACAGCUGCAAGAGAAGUGCCAAGAGCAGAGACGACUCUUGUAUAUCGCCUUCACUGACCUGCCGAAGGCCUUUGACCUUGUCAGCAGGAAAGGCCUGUUUGCCCUGCUGCAAAGGACUGGAUGUCCCCCCAAGCUCCUGAAGGUGAUCAUGUCUUUUCAUGGUUACAUGCAAGGUGUCAUCCAGUAUGAUGGCUCAUCCUUGGACCCAUUUCCAAUCAGGAGUGGAGUGAAACAGGGAUGGGUACUUGCCCUGACACUCUUCAGCAUAUUCUUCUCCCUGCUGCUGUCCUUUGCCUUCAACCAGUCAGAGGACGGUGUAUACCUCCACACCAGAAGCGAUGGGAACCUCUUCAACCUCGCUCGCCUCCAUGCAAAGACUAUCCUGAUCAGGGAGAUGUUGUUUGCAGAUGUUGCUGCUCUGACUGCACACACUGAGGAAGCUCUACAGCGUCUCAUCAGCUGCUUCACAUGCACAUGUAGAGAGUUUGGCCUCAUGAUCAGCAUCAAGAAAACCAACAUCUUGGGCCAAGGUGUCAGCAGCAUUCCAAUCAUCUCCAUCAGCAAAUACACCCUUGAGGUGGUGGAGAACUUCACUUACCUUGGCUCUAUCAUCUCCAGCAUCCUCUCCCUGGAUGUCGAUCUGAACACACAUAUUAGCAAAACAGCAACAGCAAUGGCUCGCCUUGCAAAGAUGGUUUGAGAAAACUCUAUGAUAACCAUCAACACCAAGAUGAAGGUGUACCAAGCCUGCAUGCUCAGCGCUCUGCUCUGUGGCAGUGAAGCAUGGACCUUGUACUCCCAUCAAGAGCGCAGACUCAAUGCUUUUCAUCUAUGCUGCCUUAGAAGGAUUUUGGGCAUCACCUAGAAAGACCAUGUCCCAAACAAGCGCACCCUGGCACAGGUAGGGAUACCAAGCAUGUUUGCCUUGCUCACCCAGAGGCUCUCGCUCUGGCUUGACCAUGUCAGUCACAUGCAGAAUGGCAGAAUUCCCAAGGAAAUGCUGUAGGUGAGCUUGCCACUGGCUCCAGACCUGCAGGAAAGCCUGUUCUUCACUACAAAGACAUUUGUAAAUGUGACUUGAAGGCAGGCAACAUCAAUCCAGCAGGUUGGGAAGCUGUAGCUGCAGACCACAGCAGCUGGAGGCUUGCCAUUGAGGCAGGCAUUCAGAUGAGUGAGCAGAAGAGAGAGGGGCAGUGGGAACAGAGGAGAGAGCGUAGACAGCAGAGGGCAGCAUCAGCACCCACAGAGCCAGGCGCAGACUAUAUCUGUAGCAACUGCAACAGAGCCUGCCGUACCAGGAUUGGGCUGUACAACCACAGCAGGCGCUGCAACCCAACUGCAGACUAAUCCUUGGUACACACUCCAUUGUCUUCUGAGACAGAUGGAUGCCAACAUGUGUCACCGAUAUUUUUGUUGGAAUGUCUAGGCAUGUGUGCACAAAUACACAAAGGAUUGUUCAGAUUUUAUGCAUCACCUCUUCUGGCUAAGUACUGUACUAUAUUGGAAUACAUACAUUUUUGUUGUUAGCUCAAAUGAUAUCCCAGAAGUAAAAAAAUAUAUGAAUGCAGUAAUCUACUAGUGUUAUGUUAUUUGAAUUUUCUUAGUUUGGGCCACAGCAGUCUGUGGACUCAGAAAAGGACCUGAAAUCAAUGCUUUAUUUAUUUGAUAUGAGCAGAAAAAUUUAGACACUUAAAAAAAAAAAAAAACUUAAUGCAUUCUCAUUCUACAUGUUAGUCUUGAUGUAACCACAGUGCUCUCGUCCC